CCGCUGCUUGCCAUACAGUAUGUACGGCGGGCGGGAUGGCAAGCCUCCACGCGGUCGUGCGAGCGAGUUUCUCCUUCCAUGCACUGCGCAGUGACAGUCAAACACGAGUCUCAGUGUGCUGUACGUUCUUCGUCACGCAGCUGCGACUGACCUCCAAAGCAGGAAACAGGUGUGCACGGUACAUGGAAGCAAGAGGCACUGCGGCGCUCUGGGCAAACCCACCCCUCACGUCUCAUCAAAACACACCAAACGCGACCUUGCUGCUGUGACGCUCCUCCAUCGACUUCGCUGUUCUCUCAGAGAUGAGCGUACGUGCUUAUACCCGGCCAUCGCAUCAUCUUGACCGCCGUUCGCGAUUCAACGCGACGUUCUUGAAAGAGACGCUCUCCAACUGUCAAGCACCUAGCGAGCCUUGCGACCUGAGCCACAAGGGAGUCUCAGGUAGGCUGUCCGACGGCAACACGACCUCAUCUGCGUGCCGGAGCUGAAAAAGAU